AUGCCUACCUUUCACCUUGCCUGCCUCUCGCUGCCGGUGCAUCGGUGCGCCUUCACGGGCGACGGCUUCCGCGUGGCCAGCUUCUCGGAUGACCGGAGCGUGGCGCUCUGGGACGUGGGCGGCGAGGCGCGCCUGCUGACGCUGAGCGGCCACACCGACUACGUGCGCGCCGGCACGUGCAGCCCGGCCGCGCCCGACACGCUCGUCUCUGGCGGCUACGACCACGCCGUGCGCGUGUGGGACGCGCGCGCCGCCGCCUGCACGGCCGUCAUGGAGCACGGCGCGCCGGUCGAGGCCGUGCUCGUCUUCCCCUCGGGCGGCCUGGUGGUGUCAGCAGGUGGCACAGAGGUACGCGUGUGGGACCUGGCGGCCGGCGGGGCGCCUGCUCAGCCGACUCAGCCACCACAGCAAGACGGCCACCUGUCUCUGUUCGACACGGCCAGCUACCAGCUGGUUCACACGCUCGAGUACCCGUCGCCGGUGCUCAGUCUGGCGAUCGGGCUGGACGACAGCAAGAUCGUGGUAGGCAUGGCGGACGGCCUGGUCUCGAUCGAGGACCGGCGGCGGGAGGAGGCGCGGCCGCGGCAACCGCUGCGUAUCCAGCUCGACAAGUACGACCUGCACCUGCGGCGCUUCGAGUUCUCGCGGGCGCUGGAUGCCGUGCUGGAGCGCGAGGUGGCGCUGCGCUCGGCCGUCGAGGCGCACCUCGCCUACCUGGACGGCCUUCUGGCGCUGCAGGGCAGCCUGGACAUGGCGUCACUGCCCACCACUUCGCCACGGUCGGAUGCCGUGGGCGGCGGUCCGACCUGA